AUGAUACUGAAAACUUCCAUGAAAAAGCUAUUUGCUACUAUAGCCUUGUUGUCGCUAUUGGUAGCCUCUGCAGAGGGAAAGUUCAUUGGGUACUUCAAUGGGCAAUGUGACGACCUUUGCAAGCAGUGUAAAUAUGAGUGCGAGUCAAAGUUCAAGGCGGGGACCUUCAAGCGGUGGUUUGUAGGUUUUAAACAGUUUCCUUCAUGCUCAAUGUUUGGCAGUGUAAGGGGAAGUGCAAGUUUAAUACAACUAACGAUCGUUACAGCGCUGAUGCUGAUAUCAGGGUUCACUAGUGCUGAAACUGACGUACGCCGGAGACAGCAGUGUAUCGACAAGUGCAUAAGUAACCAGAAGGGCAAAUUCCUGCGUCCAGCCCAUAGAUUGAUGUGUAAAAUUUAUUGCAAUAAGAGACACGGUAGUGAACCACUUGUGGAAAACCUGUCACUGCAUCCAGCUUUCAACGGGCAAGAUGCAUUGUUUAGGUCUUGA